CCAAAGCAAAAGGAUAUCCGGAAUUAAUUGGGAUUAAGUAGCCGUAUUUCUCGCUUCCUUCGCGUCGAAGCUUGCGCCUCGGGAUAAACCAAAGCCCCGUUCAAAUCCCAGCUGAACCCAAUAGACGACGAGAGGCUCCCACGUGAGGUCUAAGAAGGCGCAGAGACUCCUUUUCAGCUCGUCGUUUCCCCUCCAAGAAACACAGAGAGGCUCCCAUCUGUUGAACGCACCAGCUAGACUUGCCACCUCGCCCCUCCGGAGCCCACGCCAAUGGAGGGGGCCGAACCGGGGCAGCAGCAGCACGCCUGCAGCAUCUGCAUGGAGCCCAUGGAGCCCUCCCAGGCCCACCGCGGCGGCGCCGACUGCGCGCACGCCUUCUGCCGCGCGUGCCUGGCAGGCCACGUCCGCGCCAAGGUCGAGUCCGCCGGCGGCAGUGGCGGCGCCGUCGUUCGGUGCCCCGACGCGUCCUGCGCCGGGGCGCUCGACCCGGAGCUCUGCCGCGUCGCGCUCCCGUCCGACGUGUUCGAGCUGUGGUGCGCCGCGCUCUGCGAGUCCUUGUUCCUCGGCGCGCGGCGCACCUACUGCCCGUUCCCGGACUGCUCCGAGAUGAUGGUGGCGGACGAAGGUGAGCCCGAGGGGUGCGUUACGCAGUCGGAGUGCCAGGUGUGCAGGCGGCUCUUCUGCGCGCGGUGCGGCGUGGCGCCGUGGCACGCCGGCGUGACCUGCGACGAGUACGACAAGCUCGGGGAGGGGGACAGGGGCCGGGAGGACAUGAUGCUGCUCGAGAUGGCAAAUGAGAAGAAGUGGAAGCGGUGCCCCAAGUGCCAGUUCUUCGUGGAGAAAGUUGAAGGCUGCAUGCACAUGACAUGCAGGUGUGGCUUCGAGUUUUGCUACGGGUGUGGCACGAACUGGCCGGGGACGGAUCAUUCUGGUUGCACAGCGUGAUAUCCUAUCUCUGGGAUAGCACAAAGCGAGAAAUGGUCUUGUUGUAGAAAACUAGCAAUCAUCUGGUUUGUAUCAGACUGAUCAUAUAUUAAGCAACAUGUCAUACAUUGCCUCGCUGCCAUGUUUCGGCUAAUGUAAAUUUGAUUGCGGCUUGAUGUCUAAUUUUAAUUCAUCGUCGAUGGUGAAAAAUGCUUAAUUACUAUGCGACCUGCAGUUGAUUUUGGAAUUUCCUU